CAGGGCUGAACUGGCAGAACUUUACUGCAGGCUAUACCUGAGUGUGUUCCAGUUAUGCUAUGGCAUCAGACAGGUACUUUCUUCACCAUGGAAUUUUGUUACCAACUGUGGUUCACAAUGAGGAGAGUCUGAAAUAUGCCAAUGAUUUCAAAGUUCAGGACAGCGAUGUAUUUGCCAUUACUUACCCCAAAUCAGGCACCACAUGGAUGCAAGAGAUUGUACCUUUAGUCCUAAAUGGAGGAGACCUUACUCCAGUGCAAACUAUUCCCAACUGGGACCGGGUUCCCUGGCUGGAGGAGACAKGAGCAGCCCUAGUUCUGGACCGUCUGCCCUCACCACGGGCAAUGGUCUCUCAUAUGCCCUACCAUCUCAUGCCCCCCUCCUUCUUCCCCUCCAAAGCCAAGGUCAUCUAUGUUACCCGGAACCCAAAAGAUGUUAUGGUGUCAUCAUUUCACUUCCACAAGAUGGCCAGUUUCCUGGAUGACCCUGGGACUUUUGAUGAGUUUCUAAARAAGUUUCUCUCUGGGCAAGUGUUGUUUGGGAAGUGGACAGACCAUGUGAAAAGCUGGCGAAAUUCAGAUCUGGGAGAUAGAAUCCUAUACAUUACCUAUGAAGAAAUGGUCAAGGACCUGCGUGGAGUGCUGGAACGCCUCUCACGGUUCCUUGGUCGGGACCUAAGUGAAGAAACUCUGGAUCGUGUAGCCAACCACUGCUGUUUCAGCAACAUGAAGUUAAAUGCAAUGUCAAACUACUCCCUGGUGCCACAGGAGAUCAUGGAUAGCAGCAAGUCCACCUUCCUUAGAAAAGGGGUUGCUGGAGACUGGAAAAAUCAUUUCAGUCCUGAGCAGGAUUCCAAAUUCACAGCGGUCCUAAAAGAGGAAAUGAACGGAACAAACAUAAAAUUCCCAUGGGAUGAGGAGUGAACAGGUGGAAAUGUACCGACAACGUUUUCUUGACAUUGCAGGCAGUUAGACAGUGGAGAAUUUAAAACAAAUUGACUUUCUAAACGCAUCUCUGCAUCCAUAGCAUAAGUGUAAUGUCACUGGCCGUGCCCUGGAACCUCCGCAGUACACUGGCCGUGCCCUGGAACCUCCGCAGUACACUGGCCGUGCCCUGGAACCUCAGCAGUACACUGACAAUACAAUAAAAAGCACCUGGGCUGGGUUUCCCAAAAGCAUCGUAGCACUAAAAUCAUAAUUGCAUUGGAACAAUUCACGAAAACCCAGCCCAGGUCAAGUUGAUCUAAAAAGUCACCAUCAAAUACAAGUACAUUGUCUCGGUACUGGUACACUGUGUAUAUAACCAAGUCAUUGUUACUCAUUGUGCAUUUAUUCCUCUUGUUAUUAUUUUUCAAUAAUUUUUCUUUUU